AAUUUAAAAUUAUCUUUUUUUUUAUAUUUGAGUUUAAAUUUCUAUUAUAUUUAUUAGGACUUAAGAAAUAAUUUCAGGCAGUUCACAAUAGAAAAAGUAGAAUUAGAAGAAAAAGUGUUUCAAAUUGUGUACAGAAGAAAUGAUAGAUCAAUUAGUUUUUGUAUCUCUUCACGCUAAAUUGAUGUUCGUUUAACACUGGUUUCAUGUGCUGAAUUCUGCGUAAGAAGGAUAUCACUUCCUGAGGGAAACUAGUGAAUUGGAAAAUUUGACAAAACCAACAAAAAAUGACUGAUUUACAUGAAGAUGAAAAUAAAAAAAGAAGAAAACAUUCUGAGCAGAGCUCAAGGCAUCAAGGAGAACUUUUAACCGAAAAGAAAUCCAAAAGGGAGAAGUAUGAUUUGUUGAAAAACAAGCUUGAUGGAACAGUGACUUCUGAAACCGAUUCGUCGACAAGCAGUCAUGACAUAAAGGCAAGGAACUCAAAGAAGAGAACAGCAAAAAACCUACAUAAACUGAAAAGCGAAUUAACAAGUGUUACAUAUAAGGAGAAUAAACUGAAAAGUGAAGAUAUAUAUGAUUUUUACAAUAGGGAAAAACAUGAUAUUCGGGCUGCAGCUUCUCAGAUGCAAAAUUCAUUUUCUGCAAAGAUUAAUGGGCCAAGAUUGCCCAGUCAUGUUCAAAAAUUUGUCAACAGCUGCGUACCCUCUUCUGACAGGGAUGUGCUUAAUACACAAGAGAUGUCAUUAGAAUCUAUGGGUUAUUAUAAUGAAAUUCUUCCUUGGGAAUCAAUGUCUAUUCCAAAAAGAAGAGAACUCCAAAGUGCAAUUUAUGAAAGAGUUACUAACCACAUCAAUCCAGAUAUAAUCUUGGUAAUUGACAAUCAUGAGUUUUAUUGUCAUAGGAUUGUUUUACAAUCUUACUCUGAAUAUUUUGAUUCAAUUUCAAAUUUGGAGCAUCAACCAAGUUUUCAUGUUAAUGAGAAAGUAACACGAAAAGCUUUCAUAGCAGUCUACUCUUGGAUGCUUUCAGAAGGACAAGGUGGUUUAAAUUUCAUAAAAAAAAGUAACAUUUUGGAAGUUUUAAUUGCCGCUGAAGUCCUGCUAAUAAAAGACUUGGAAGAACAAUGUCAUGCAUUUCUUGACAGUAAGGAGGCUUUUUCAGAAGAAAAUGCUUUUUUUGUUUUUAUGGAUGCUUCUUUUUGGAAGAAAUCCUCUAUUAAAGAUUUAAUGGUGCCAAGGAUACAGAAGUUUUUUCUCCCACUGGUCAGCUCGUGGGAUUUCACACAGUUGAAUGUUGAGGAUUUAUGUAUUAUAUUAAAGUCAAAUUUUAUCGUAAUUCACUGUGAAUUGGAAGUGUUCAUGGCGGCAGUGCGCUGGUUAAAAACAAACUGGGAUGAAAGGAAGAAACACCUUAAUAAAAUAAUGAAAUGUGUGAGAUUUGGGUUGAUGAAUCCAGUCCAGCUUGUAGACAUAAGAAAGAACCCAGAAUCUCCUGAAUUCUUGGAGAUUACAACCGAUAAAAAUGUACAAUUAAUGAUAGAGGAUGGCUUGGCGUAUGCCGUUGAAUUCACUUUAUCUGGUGGUUCCCUCGACCAUGAGAACCGAUGUGACCUUCUGAAGCUGCUCAUACCAGAGCAAAGAAAUUUUGCAAAGACAAAUAAAGACUAUAAAAGUUAUCAACAUUUCCUUGAAUAUCUCGAUGAGAUAAGGAAAGACUUGAGCAGUUUUAAAAUUGAAACUAGACCUGAAAAUUCAGAAAAGUCUGUCGGCUUUACACCAGAUGCGACCCAGUUUAGCACAGAGACCAAAUUAGGCUGCACCACAAGACCUUCCCUCACCAAUAUCUUAUAUGGUAAAAAUCAGGCUGCUGACAAUGAAAGCCAAUUGGGAGCAUGUGGUGACUCUAUUUACACUUGCUCAACUUUAGUAAGCAAGACACCUUCUGUAGAGUCAAGAAGAGGUCUCAGUCCAUUCAGAAGAGUCACAUUGAAAGAAAGUGCUGCAGUUGUCAUACAAUCAACAUUUAGAGGGUACAGGGUCAGGAGUAAGAUACACCAAUUACCUGAGAAUUCUGAAAGGGAAAUCUCAUCCAAAACUGAAGUUGAAGCUGGAGGUUCAGUAGAAAACAGGCAAGAUGCAAGUACAAAUUGUAGAAAGGAAAAUGUUGAAAGUUUCUCUAAGUUGAAUGACAAAUCGACUACAAGUCUGUCUCAAUUUUCCAACUCAAAACAAACCAUCUUAAUUUUUGAAGGGUUGAGCCCAUGCCAGAAAAAUAACCAAGUCAAGAAAAGCUGUGUAGUUUUCAGAUACGAUGAAAUAAAUAAUAAUUGGGAUGUAAUUAGUCACAUGCCAAAGCCUAGAUAUUACCAUGGUGUUGCAAAACUGCGUAGUAAAAUAUAUAUUGUAGGUGGCAAAAAUCAAGAAGAUGAACAUCAAACGAUGUGCACGGAAUCUCUGAGUUUUGACCCUUUCACCUUACAAUGGAAAGAAGAGCCACCUUUAAAUACUCCUCGCCAAAGCUUUGGUAUUACAACACUCCAUGGGUUUCUUUAUGUCAUUGGCGGAGAGGCCAAUAAGAGAGUACUUUCAUCAGUUGAACGGUACAACCCUGGGACAAAAAUGUGGGAAGAAGUCAAGCCACUCCCUGAGCCUUGUCUAGGUGUUGCAGCCUGUUGCUACGACAACCACAUCUGGGUGGUAGGAGGAAUGAACAACUACAAGCAGCAGAUUAGCAGUCAGGUUUACUGCUACGAUCCAGAGGAAGAUGUGUGGAUCAAAAAAACACCUUUGAGAUAUGGCAGAGCAUUUUCCUCACUUGUGAGCCACAACGGGGUACUUUAUUUGGUCGGAGGGGCGACAAGUGAAGACAACAGAAUAGUCAGUGUUGACGCUAUUGAUGUCUGGGAUGUUAAGACAUUGUCGUGGAAACUUAAAGUAAACAUGCCUGUACCAAGACAUGGGCACACUGUUGUAUUUUUAGAAAACAAAAUGAUCAUCAUCGGAGGAACUUCAACUCAAUAUGCAAGAACGUUGAAUCAUGUUGAUAUUUGCUGCAUGAAAACAGGGUCUUGGAGUAAAAAAAUCAAAUCACUUCAGACAAGUAUUAUUGGCCAUUGCUCAGUCAAUUUGCAGUUGAAUACCAAAGACCAAUGACAUUGUGCUGUUUUGAAUUAAAAUAAAUUUAGUAUUUUAUGAAUUAAA